UAUGAACAUGCAGUCAUGGCAGGCAGGGGAGGUCUGCUCUGUCUAGUCUCUACCCACUCCGCAGUCUUACAAAUUCCGUAGUUUUGAGCUUCGGUUCACCACGGUCCCACGCUCACACUCUUCCUUCUAAUCUUCACGAACCCUAAUUGCUCCUUCUCCUCUGUCGUAAAUGGGUUGGAAUCUCUUCUUUUGGCUUGUAAUUUGUUUCCCCUCCAAUAUUGCUCUUCUCGCUUCAACUUUCUACCAGAUUUUGAUCCUGUCUGAUUUGGAAGCUGACUAUGUCAACCCAUUUGAUGCUUCAUCUCGGAUUAACUACUUCGUGCUUCCUGAGUUCAUUGGGCAGGGAGUGUUAUGUGCCCUUUGCCUCUUCACUGGCCACUGGGUCAUGUUUUUGCUCACUGUUCCUGUUACUUGCUAUCAUGUCAUGCUGUAUGUGAAAAGACAGCAUCUUAUUGAUGUUACUGAAGUGUUUAGAGUACUUAAUGCUGAGAAGAGAUUUCGGAUAGCCAAACUUGUUUUGUACUUAACAGUCCUCAUCGUCACUAUCUUCAGGUCUUCCAUUAGGCUUCUUGCUGCAGGAAGACUAAAAUUAUACAAUUCGAGGUUUGAAGAAUUAGACAUUCGGGUGAAUACUCUAGGAUUCUAGGAAAAUUUUGUAAUCCUCCCAAAAACAUUUACUCUACAAUUUUCUUUUGUAUAUUAGUAUUUUUCUUAUUAUGAAAUUAACCAUUUUAGCUACCUUAGAUGGUCCAGUAAAUAAAAAUUCUUGACUAGUCCCACACUCCCACUCCUACAAUGGUUUCCCUCCCGAAUUCUUUUGUUGUCCAAUAAUGAAUUAAAUUAAUGAAUUUCUUACAAGUGACCUUGAUUCUGUGAUAUUCUUAGGUUUUGUGAUUGCAUUUGGUUUCUAGUUGUAUUUGCGUAUAAAUAAGCAUACAUGUAUCUGAAUGCUUGUGUUCUUCUAUUUUCAUGCAUUAUAUGACCUAAUAAAAUGUUCAAGAUAUCUUUUCCUCUAAAAUUUUAAAAUUAUAGCGCAGCUUGCAAGUUA